AUGAUAUUUGAGUUCUGCGGCAUCACUGACAUCGAAUACAUUCAGAAAUGGUCUUACUUGGCUCUGUUUGUGGCUUCGACUAAGGAAAUUGUGGAAGGAAAGCAUAUACUUCAUAUCAUAAAUAUCGAUAUGGAUUGGGCUGCUGUUCUGGAUGCAAAUGUCAGAGAUGUCUAUGAUAUAAGUGAUGACGAAUGCAACGAAAUUGAUGAAAAGAUGAAAAAGGGCAGAGGAGUAUUCCCUAAUCGUCAAGAGAUUGAGAUUUACGUCGAAACUCACACUCGUAAAGAUGGGUCAAUUGUCAAUGAAAAGACUGCAAAAUUGAUUGUGAAGAUUAAAAGUUAA